GUUAAAAUAAAAAUUCUAUACUUCACGCUUCCAAAAUUAAUAAAGUAAUGAAGUAAUCUGAAAAAGGAAUUGAUGAUUCUAGAGUAUUAUAGCAUUAACAAAACAGUCAAAUAUGCCUCCAAAAAAAAAUCAAAAUGUUUCAAAAGGGAAUAAAUCGAAGGCAUCGGAAGGCACUAGUGGAAAAGAAGAAAAAAAAGGUGGAACUGCAGUCAAAGUGAGACACAUAUUGUGUGAAAAACAAUCAAAAAUUUUGGAAGCUUUGGAGAAAUUAAAAGCUGGACAAAAGUUUAAUGAAGUUGCUGCUACAUAUAGUGAGGACAAAGCACGUUCUGGGGGAGAUCUUGGAUGGAUGACACGAGGUUCAAUGGUUGGUCCAUUUCAAGAGGCUGCAUUUGCAUUACCCGUUUCUUCUCCUGGUUCUCCAAUUUACACAGAUCCACCAGUUAAAACAAAAUUUGGUUAUCAUAUUAUAAUGGUGGAAAGUAAAAAAUAG